AUGGAAGGAAAUAAAGUUGUUAACUUUGGAACCGAAAAAGUUACAAAUGAAUUUUUGAAGUUAGGUGAUACCAACUGGAUUAAUGCUAUGCGCAAUGCUAUAUUAGGUAAUCCUGACUUGUUCAAAAAUAAGUUGGUACUUAACUUGAACUGUGGUCUUGGCCUUUUCGCAAUCUACGCUGUGCAGGCGGGUGCAUCCCAUGUUUAUGCUGUUGACAGUGGAGGUGUUCAGAUUUAUACCCGUCGUGUUAUUAAAGAAAACAAAUGUGACGAACGUGUUACUGUCAUCGAAGGUGAUGUGGAACAAAUGGAGUUGCCUGUAGAAAUGGUCGACGUAAUCUUAUGUGAUUGGGUGGGAAAUGCAUUAAUAUAUGGUGCCCACGCAAAGCAAAUAUUGCACGUAUUUUUGCACGUCUAG